AAAAACGUCGACGCUUACCGCGAGGAUGCAGACGACGAGGUGAUGGAGACUAUAAACGAGAAUGAUGCAGCCGACUAGGAACACCAUUGUCAGGGCAAGUUCGGCAGAGUCGUAGUUGACGAGGCACAUUGUAUUAAGGGUACUCGUACUAAGGCGCAUAAGGCCGUGGUGGAGACCAACGCUGAUGCGGUGAUCCUCCUGACUGGCACACCAAUCUCGAACCGACUAUUACAGUUCUCGGGCCUCCUAAGUGUCAUCGUCAGACCCGACAUNGACCUCGACCAUCACGACGACCUCGCUGGCGACGACGAUCCGNAUGAUUACGUCCAGUCGAUGAGUGACAUAACAGAUGCCUUUAAGGGCAUGACUGUCGAGCAAAAGUUAUCCUCGGACAACUUUUCUAAGUUCUUUAAAGUCCUGAACCCCGAGAGAUUCGCCUAUCUCGCCAGGCAGGCAGAGAGCUCGGGUGCUUAUNACAACGCCGGCGUCGGUGCCGCGAUCAUCCCACCUAUAUUCUACCUAUACCUAAUCGCCCG